AUGAAAAUGAAAAUGAAAUAUUUUUUACUUGUUUUCUUUUUAAACUGCCAGGAGGUCUCGGCGGUAAUGGAUCCCGGAUACGAAUACAUCGACAAAGAGAACACUUGGUUGCGCCUACAUAUCGCCCCUGCUGCUUGGCAGGAUGCCUUCCUCCGCUGCAAGACCGAAGGUUACGAAUAUAAGCAUAACACUGGGAGCUGCUACAAGUUCCACCGGGUCGCCCAAACCUGGCAUCGCGCUGCUAGAAUAUGUCAUGCAGAAGGGGGACAUCUGGCUAUUAUUAACAGCAAAAAGGAAUCGCAGGAGAUUAAAACCAUUUUCGAAAAAAAUCCCGGUAGCACUAUUUUUGGGGCAGAACAUGACUUUAUUGCGCUUAUUGGUGCGUGGAACUGGAAUAUUCAAGAUGGCGAGUGGCUCACUGUAAAUGGCCAAACACUCGAGGAAGCUGGAUUUGCCGACAGGCAACCUAACAAUUUGGGUGGUGACCAGACAGUAUUGGCCGUGGAUCGGGCGGGCAAGUUAAAUGACAUCUCACCUCAAGUCAAAGAAGCGUAA